AUGACAAACGUGAGACCCACUAAGAAAAGCGGAAAGCCUGUCGAAGUGGAACCUCCUACCGGCGAACUCGGGGGAGCUCGUCCCAUUGGUUUGGAUGGGCACUGGAACGCAUUCCCAGAUGGAAAUGCGGAGUCAGGUUACCGGGGACCACUGGUGGCCACAAGGUAUCCCAAGUGGUCCACGAGCAGACAUGGAGACGUUCAAAGGAUCCAGUGUAACAGAAGAGGGAACACUGAGUCAAAGAGGAACAGGGAGAGACGUCACAAGCCAGCCCAGCACCAGAGGACUUCAGGCAAGAAAUCGCGGCAGCCAUUGCACACCAGGGAGAAACCGCAUAACUGCCCCCAAUGUUCCAAAACAUUUGCUCUACCCUCCGCUCUUAGAGCUCAUCAACAAAUCCACACAGAUGAAAAGCCCUUUCAGUGCAGCAUAUGUGGGAAAUGUUUUAAGAGAGACUCGCAUGUCAUUCUGCAUCAGCGCACCCACACUGGAGAGAAGCCACACAAGUGUUCUUAUUGCGGGAAGGCCUUCAGUCAAGUCCCCAAUCUCAACAGACACGAGCGGACCCAUACCGGGGAAAAGCCGUAUCAGUGCACGGUGUGUGGGAAGGGUUUCGCGUGUAGUGGGGACUUGGGCAAACAUCGGCUUACUCAUAACAAAAACCAGUGUGAUACAUGUGGGGAGAGCUUUAGGAGCUAUUUAUCUCUCCGCGUCCACGAGGUCACACAUACUGGCGAGAAGCGAUUUCAUUGUUCUCAGUGCGGAGCGGGCUUUGAGCGGAGUAACGGUCUCAAAAGACACCAGUGGAUCCACACUGGGAAAAAGCCGUACUCGUGUGCUACGUGUGGACAGCAGUGCAGGAGUAAAUCGGAACUCGCUGCCCACGAGGGCAAACACACUGGCGCGAGCCUUUUCAAAUGCUCGACGUGCGCGAAGGGUUUCGGGACCAAGGCACACCUCAUGACUCACCAGAGGGUCCACACUGGGGAAAAGCCUUAUCUGUGCACCACGUGUGGGAGGGGGUUCAGUUACAGCUCAAACCUGGCUAUGCACCAGGUGACGCACACAGGAGAAAAGCCUUACCAGUGUUGUUACUGUGGAAGGGGCUUUACUCAAAUUGGUAAUCGCAACAAACAUCAGAGAAAAAGAUGUGUCCAAUCCACUCAGCUCUCCACUCACAAGAAGAUGGGUAGAAAAUAGGCUUGUCCUAAUUCCUCAACUGUAUGAAUUGAGAUUUAGAAUAAAAUAAGUGUUUCAUGUUAAAUGCAGGGAUGCAGUAAAUUUGGCAUGCGUUAUUGUUUAUCUUUUUUGAAGAAAUGUUUUGAUUUUCUUUGUCUUUUUCAUGAGGUAUUUUGUUUUUCCAAAAUAAAUUCUCUUUACUUCA